AUGCCGGCCAACAAGUCGAAGCUUGAGUCCCAGCUUCAUAAGGAUAAGCUUGUCCAUUCUUACCAAGAGUUACUAGAAGAAUUCUCCUCGAAGGAUGUACGGAAUGUCGGAAACUACAACCUCGGGAAGCUAAUUGGCAAAGGGUCCUUUGGAAAGGUCUAUCUCGCGACUCACAAACUCACCAAUGGCUCCAAGGUCGUCCUGAAGUCAUCAAAUCGAGAAGACGCAAACCUUGCGCGAGAAAUCCACCAUCAUCGCCAAUUCAUUCAUCCCCAUAUUGCUCGACUGUACGAGGUUAUCGUGACGGAGAAACUUGUUUGGCUGGCUUUGGAAUACUGCCCCGGUGAUGAAUUGUACAAUUAUCUUAUUCGCAAUGGGCCGAUGCCUCUUGAGAAGGUCCAGCGCAUAUUCGCCCAGCUGGUCGGGGCUGUUAGUUACGUCCACAGCAAGUCUUGUGUACAUCGUGAUCUGAAACUGGAAAACAUUCUGCUUGAUAAGCACGAGAAUGUCAAGUUGUGUGACUUCGGUUUCACCAGGGAGUAUGAGGGAAAGGCUAGUUAUCUACAGACAUUUUGCGGGACCGUCUGUUACAGCGCUCCUGAAAUGCUCAAAGGCGAAAAGUAUGCUGGUGAAAAGGUUGACGUAUGGAGUUUGGGCAUCAUUCUGUUCGCGCUUAUUGCUGGGGAACUACCCUACGAUGACGAUGAUGACCAGGUUACGAAAACCCGGAUUUUAACGGGAGAACCCACGUAUAAUGAUCGGUUUCCCGAGGAUGCAAAAUCGCUGAUCAGUCAGUUACUAUCGAAACGUCCACUUCUCCGGCCCACAUUGUGCGAGGUGUUGAAUCAUACAUUUCUCGCAGAGCAUGCCCCACAGCAACAGGCCAUUCUGAAAUUGGCACGACCUCCUCCAUUCUCGACACCUCUGGAGAAGACGACGCUGGAGAGGAUGAGGAGUGCUGGUGUCAAUAUAGAUCAGGUCAUAGAGAGCGUUCUUGCGCAGCGUUGUGAUACCCUGGCAGGCUGGUGGGCACUUCUAAUCGAGAAGGAGGAACGGAAGGAGAAGAGAAGAGAACGAAAACGUCGAGAGAGGGAGGCUGAAUCCAAGAAUUUACGCCGACUGAGCGCAGCUAGUAGCCGCCUAGAACGGAUAUCCGCUGCUCUUGUCGAGGUUGAUGAGGAGGAAGGCCACUCGACGGAGCCACUGAGAAGCAGGGGAAGGAGAGAUAGGAGAAGCAUCACAACGCCUCAAAUCGUAGUUCCGGACCUUCCUAAGCUUCCGGAAACCGCCAUUGCCUCGUCCCCUGCCUCUAUUCUCCCGCCCCCACCAAUAGAGAAGGAUUCGUUAGUCCGAUCUUCUAGUUCAUCCCGCCACCGACCGACUCCCCCACCAAAAGAAGAGAAUCGAAGAUCCCGUGCAAGUACACUUCACCUCAGUGCAUCUCAGCCUGAUUUGUCACAUCCCCAUGGUAUUUUGAGACGGCAUGGCACACGGCGUAGACAGCAUCCCAUCAUCAGCCAGCUUGCAUCGAUCAAGCACUGGUUGAUCGAAUCAACAAAGCGUGCCAAGUCACCACAUUCGAAGGCGUUCUCUCAUGCACCGUCGCUCAAGUUUCUUACAGACAAAUCCAUUCCGCCUAAGAAUAAGGAGCCAGCGACCAAACAAGCCCAAACAAGCCCUACGAAUGACACCUUUACCGGCGCCCAACAAACACCAGUGCGGGUGAAACGCUCAUCUACAGCAAGCAGCCUUACGCCCAGCAAUGCAUCUUAUCGUGGCGCUGCUCGUUCAGGUUCAGGCUCCCUUUCUCAUCAACCCCAACCAAUUAGCACCUCAAAUGUGUCACAUCACCGCAAUUCCUUAUCACCUUCGCCUCUCACCCCUCGCAACUCGUACCGUCGUUUAUCUGGUUUACAUGGGAGAAAGUCCACUUCAUCGUCCGUCUCAUCAAUCCGGAGUAUUCAUCAUGCUCAUUCGCAUUCGAAAACAUCUUCCGUCUCCUCUAACAGUAUUAAUACAACAUCAACACCGGCAGCCACUACAAAACAAACAGUCACUCGAUCUCCCCACUCCUCCGUUAAAGUUUUAGCCGCCGCUCCAAGCUCCAGCACCCCCUUCCCAAGUAAUAUCCGAAUUGUCCGAGGUGCUGGACCUUCAUCUGCUCCCCACCCGGGUCAUGGAGCAAUCUACAAUGCCUACAACGAAGCCGCUCCCAGUUGCCUCCUUUCCUCGCCACCAUCAGGUCUUGUUUUCGCCCGCCGAAAAAGAUCACCGUUCAAAGGCCCCUUUGUUGCUACUUCUGCCUUUCCGCUCUCAAGCGGUCCCGGAACACCGGGGUUGGCAAAGUCGAGGGAAGGACCGCAGGAUCAGGAGCAAGAAAAAGCCAAAAUUAUUAUGGAAGAAGAGGACGAAGCAGUGUUAGAUUGUGACGAUGAAGAUAUCGAGGAGGUAGAUACCUUCAGUACCUGCGACGAGACAGCGCUGAUCUUCCGCGAUGCUGGAAGUUUCACCGACGAUACCCCUACUAUUAACACUGAUCCGGGACCAAUCUCCCCGUCCGAUUUAGAUCCAAGGGAAUCGCUUGAUUUCGCACGGACACGAACCCCAUGUGGACAGUCUCUCGAAGAGCCACAGCUACUUCCCGACGCUGAUAUUCAGGAGUCGGCAUGCCCACCGUUCCACCCCGCAGGACAGCCAGUUGGGCCAGAAACACCACAUUCUCCACGUUCCUUGUCGCUAGAUGAGAAUCCCGAGUCUCCAAACCCUCCCCAUAGCGAUGACGCCUCGCUCUCCGCAGCACCUGAUCAGUCAGCUCGCGUUGCGGACGACCCGACUACACCAGAAUCCACUAGUCUUUCGCACUCGAAGGCAACCGUUGCGGACGAAUGA